AUGCUUGACCUGGGUUCAACCGUUCUCGCGGUUUGCGGUGUAGCGCUAGCCGUCGGCGUCCUUUGCAUGAUGGGCGCCAACGACGUUGCGAACGUACUGGGAACUGCCUAUGGUGCUGGUGCAUUGCAUGUACCAGUGUACUCAGGGCCAGCGAGUCUUUGGGCACGAAUCAAAGGGGCAGCUCCUCUGAUCCUUUUCGCGGGAGUUUUCGAGUUCGCGGGAGCGCUCUUCGCCGGCGCGAGCGUGACCGAACACGUCAGCUCCCAACUUGUCUCUGGUGGAUCGGCUCGUCAGCGAGCUAUCGGUGCCCUGGGGUGUCUGCUGGCGAGUUUUAGCCUUGUGACGGGGAGCACUGUGGCCGCACUGCCUGUAUCUGCGUCCCACGCAACCGCUUCCGCGGUUGUUGCCAGCGGGGCGUAUCAGGUCUGGCGGCAGCGCUUUGCCAGGGUUUUGUCGAGUUCAGCUGCCUCAGGCCAACCGGAAGCGCCCAUGUUGGUGCACUGGCCAGCGGUCUGGUCGAUGUUAACCGCCUGGACCAUGUCACCGUUUGUAGGCUUUCUUUCCGGCUACGUGCUGUAUUUUAUUUGCGGAGCUCGCUGUAUCUCCGAGGAGGUUCUGGGACUACCCUUGCUCGCUGGCGCAAUCAUCGGUACUUUAUCCAUUUUCGUGUUCACGGCAGGCCCGCCCGAUCUUCGUUUCCUCUUGAGGGACUGGAUGGCCCCCAUUGCGGCCGCAACGAGUAGUUUGGCGUUUGCAGUUGCUGCAACGGUGUUUCUGGUCAAACGGAGAGCAUUACUCGCUCCGUACGUGGACACAGUGGUGCCUCCAGGCCAGUCCCGAGUACCUCAUUCGGGACAGGACGCUUUCUCGAGUGAGUGGCAAGCGGAAUCCAGUUCGGAAGAGCCUGCUCAUAGUCGAGCGAUAGGCUUGCGGAUCUUGAUGGUUUUUACGGCAGCAGCGCUGGCGUUUGCGCAUGGAGGAAACGAUGUCAGUAACGGCAUUGCACCGCUGGUUCACAUCAUCAACUAUGCGCGACAUGAUUCAGGAGAUAGAGAAACAGUUGCAUCGGGAGCAAUCUCGCUUUCGUUAUUGGCCCUUGGCGGCGCUUCAAUUCUGUGCGGUCUAACGCUAUUUGGUUAUCGAGUCAUGCAGACAGUAGGGUAUGCUAUUGCGGAACUGGAUUUUGCAACGGGCCUUGCAGCUCAGACGGCGGCGACUCUCUGCGUAUUGGUUGCGACAACGGCUGGUAUUCCGGUCAGUACGACACAGAUUCUAGUUGCAGCCGUCGCUGGUGCUGCGUAUUCGCAGGGCAAACCGAUUCAGUAUAGAACGCUAGUUCGAAUAGUGCUCGCUUGGCUGCUCACGAUACCGCUUUCUGCGUCUAUAUCGGUGAUCGUUCCGUGGUUGUUUCAGUAG